GUCCGUCAGCGGAGUCAGCACGACCCGGUCGACGCCACGGCUCACUGCGCCGAGGCACUACAGGGUAUGAGCAGAUGGUCCGACACCAAGCCGUUCCUGCUGUUCAACCGCUUUGACCGCCAGACCCUUUCUCUGGUGUACCGGGAGGAGAAGGAUGUGGCCCAGGCAGUCGUGGAGCUCUUCCAGUCCCAGCAGACUCCCCAGAACCCUUUGGACAGAGGCACCCGUCCUCGGAAUAGCCUCCCGAACUACUCGCGGAUGAGCACCCAGGAGUUGGAGGAGCGGCUCGGACGGAUGGUGCUGCCACUGGGCAGCCGACUUGGCAAAGCGGCAGAGGGCAGCAGCUACGUCGUGAGCCCAGACAACUUCGUGAAGAUGGUCUGGAUCGCCUUGCGCGUCGAGAGCAAGGUGCCGGUAGUGAUCAUGGGCGAGACCGGUUGUGGAAAGACAUCUCUCAUCCGGCACCUGGCAAGGCUUCUGAGUGUGGAUUUCAGGUGCCUCAACAUCCAUGCGGGCACUUCCUCCGGGGAGAUUGUCCAGUUUGUUCGAGGUUGUGCGCAGGAGAGCAGUGACGAGAAGCCUGUCUGGGCUUUUCUGGACGAGGUGAACACCUGCGAGCACAUGGGUCUCAUCACAGAGGUUCUUUGCCAUCACCGCGCCCUUGGCGAGGUUCUGCCCGACAGCCUCACGUUGCUUGCAGCUUGCAACCCUUAUCGCAAGAAGCCUCAGCUCUCCGGUCAUGAACAAGCUGCGCAGCAAGCGCUGACUCUCAGCGACAGCAGUCAGAGAAGAAGCCACUCCGAGUUGGUGUACAGCGUUCAGGAGCUGCCAGAAGCCUUGUACGACUACCUGUACGAUUUUGGAUUCUUGGGCCAGCCCGAAGAAGAGAGCUACGUGCGAUCGAUGGUCAGCCAAAAGUUCCAAACGUUGCCUCAGCACCUAGCCAACUGGCCUGGCUGUCUUACGGAGAUGAUUGUGGCUUCGCAGCGGUUCACCGCCCAGAAUCAGCCCGCUUGCCUGCUCAGCCUUCGCGACGUGAAGCGCUGUGUGGAAUUGGUUUAUUGGUUCAAGGACCACCUCAAGUAUCGGACGGAGGCAAGACGAUGGGAUGGCGCACGAGGUGCAGCAGCGACAAGCGACGUAAACUCGGAGAUGUUUCUGCGAGCCGUCUUGAACGGGCUCGCAGUGUCAUACCACUGUCGCCUCCCCACGCGCAAGCUUCGAUUUGACUAUCGCCGGCUGAUCGCCGAGAUCCUUGCAGAGCGUCGCGUGCAGCUGCCGCAGAAGGGGGGGUGGACCAGGAACGGGUGGACGCCGUGGGAACCCGAGUCAGUCGUGAACUGGUUGCUCAAAAACGAGACUAUGCCUCGGUUAGAAACGAUCGAUGUACAAGACGCCACCAGUCUCUAG